CAAGAGCAUAGAAUAAACAUAAACGCUUCUGAUUUCCAAAUACGAGACAGCUCUUUAACCUCUUUUCAAGCAAGUUAAGCCGAACACUUAACAGUUUUACGAAGAUGGGGGUUGCAGAUGAAGCUGACUUUCUUCGAAUAAGGGAGGUACUAAAACAACGCAUUCGAAAAGAGAGCAGGAAGCCGUUGGACUCUGCUGAUGACUGCUCGGUUGAGAAGAAGAAAAUACCCAAGCACAGACCCUUCUUUGGCCCCUCAGAACAUUGUAUUUCUCAAAGAUUGAUUGACGGAAGGGAUGCAUUAAUUCAAGAGCUCAAGAUUAGUUCACAGGAUGUGAGGAAGGUAGAGAUCCCUGCCACAACCACAGCAUCAGAGUCGUCUGAAACAGAGUCCGAAUCGGGUUUGACAAAGGCUGCAAAGCUCGGCGAGUCUCGGGAUUACUCUUUUUUGUCAUCAGAUGAUGCCGAUGUUCCAAAAGAUUCAAAAGAACAUGCUGGAGUUGGUAAAGAAAUAUUUGUUUCGGAAUCAAGUGAGGAUGAACAAACUCCGGCUUCUGUACAAGGAGCUUUUACGAAUUUGAAGUCUGAUAAGCUGGGAAGACUUCCUCUGAAAACAAUGUCAAGAUCUCAGAAACCCUCCCUAGCAAAGAAAAGUCUUGUGCCAAGUAAUACACUCAAGAAAGCAAAAUCGCUGGCGGAUAACCUUCAAUCUACUCUGGAAAGCAAACCCUCAUUGGAAAAGUCACAAUCUGAAACAAAGCGAAGAUUGAUAAAAACAGCUGAAAAGGUUGAUGAUAAGGAUUCGGAUGAGGAUGAGGACGAGGAUGAAGACAAUGUUGACGUUUCUUCUAUCAUCCAAGGACUGUUUAGAGGUAAUCGUAAGAGGCCCUCAACUUUGGAUUAUGACGAUAGAGAUGAUCAUGCAAUGGUGUCCAGCUUUGCUGAUAUUGAGAGAGAAGAAAGGAGAAGCGCAAAACUUGCAAGGCAGGAAGAUGAAAUAGAGGCUCUAAGAAUUGAACAAGAAGAAAAGAAGGAAAGGUUAAGAAGAGCAAAGAAGCAGAAGAUGCUGCAUAAAUCCACAACUGAGUGAUGUUGCAUUUGGAUUAGGGGAUUAGCUGGGGAAACUUUGUUGUACAUUCUUUGCUAAAUUAGUUCUACGAAAAACGAUUUGUACUUUUAGGAGAGUUACUUCUGACGCAUGCAGUAGUUUUUGUUCAGUAUAUAAGCCAUAAAAACUACUUUGGAAAUUUUGAAAAUUUAAAAUUGGAAACCCUACCAAUGGAAUUAUAAGUCCCAAUUACCAUAGUGGGAAAUUAAAAUUUGUUA